AAGCUGACUUUGCACCAGCGAUUAUCCGUAGGCUACUCAAUCCUAGCCUCACGCAAAGAGAAGGAGGGCUAGUCACAACAUGUCUCCCACCACUGAAUACAAACUUACAGUAUGGUCAAGCCUCCCAUCACCACCAGACUACAAAACGCAAGAUGUUAGCGCCAUAUUCGCAUCAGAGACAUUCAUGGGGACGGAAUUCCAAGAUCUGAAAAGUAAACCCAGUUCUUGUCUCGAAACAGCUGCACUGUCUGGAGAAUCAUUUAUAAGCGUUAUUCAAAUUGAAACCUACACCCCGACUGUUGCCCGAAUUCUGAAGCACUGCCUCCCGAAUUUCCCAGAACGCUUAUUACAACAUGUUGUGUCCAACACAUCAACUGGAGAAACUUUCUCGGUCAUUCCGAGUGCAAUCGAGAACUCUUCUAAUAUUGGAUUCUUGAUGAACUACCCGAUGGCUUUUGCAGACGAACAGCUUCAGGUUUUGCAAAACGGGCUCCUGCCCAUCGCUACUUGGAUUUGUGAGCCAGAUCAUAACCACAGAGCAUCCACAGACGCAAAAAAAGCGGCCAUUGUUAUUUGCUCAAGUGCAAUAGUUCCCCAACGCCUCGCCUUACACUACUGCGCUGCGUGUAAAAAGCGAUGGGGACGACUCCAGGAGGAUUUGCUAUGGAUAUGUGCCGACCUUCUCCGCCUCUUUGCUGACGGUACACAGGUCCUUCAUACAGUCAAACAGAAUAUGACAACGUACCAUUACCAAAUUCAUGGCGAUACUAAAACUCUCUCUCUGCUGGGUUUGACUAAAAGAUUACACAAAGACACCGCCAAGAUGAUAACAUUGCGCGAACAACUCCGUGUCCACUUGAGUGAGCUUAUGCGUCUCCUGCGACCCCUCAACUUCUCUGUCGCUGGAGAUUUAGCAAUGAGGAUUCAAGACCAUGCGGACGCCGUCAUGUACCAUAAAGAAACCUCUGAUGUUAUCCUGCGACAAUUGGAGAACAUGAUGAGCUUGGCAUUUAACAUAGAAACAAUGGCACAAGGCCAAGCGGUAGCUAGGUUGAAUACGCUCGCUUUUGCUUUCCUUCCCAUUUCAUGGGUUGCAACACUAUUCGGGAUGACCCAGUUCUCAAUAUCAGCAGCCUGGUACCCUCUAUGGGCGUCCAUUGCGCUUGCCACCGUGACGACCCUCGCUAUUUUGCUCCCGCGCUGCCGACGUCUAAAAUAUGCAUCACCCUUUAUUGGUUACCGAUUUGGCUGGCGCCUGAGGGACCAUAUUAAGCACAUGUCGCAGAAACAUAAUGUCACUGGCGCUGGGUUUGAUGAUCACUUACCUACAAAAACUGUUGCCAAUGAAUACCAGCAUGAUACUCCCUGCGCGCCGCCACUAGUCAGUGCUGACUAUCACGCGCCUGUUUCUUCCCAACAUUCAUCCACCUCCGACACUCUAUCCAUAUAUGUUGACUAGUCGAGGUGUUAUGAGGGAAGAAGGCAGAAACGUGAUUUAAAGGGGUGGUUGCGGGCUAGGAUUUUCUGGAAGGAGAUAUGGGCAUUUAUUUAAAGGUCUUCAAUUUCCCAGGACACGGGCUUUGGGUGAAGCAUUCACUUGAGAUUCACACUUGAGCACUCUUUCUUGGGUUCUAUCAGUUCCCUUCUCACCAGACGGCAAACAACUACUGUAGCAUCCAGCUAUGAUGACAGAACUAUCUAGCUCUGGGACCCCGCCACCUAGUAGGCUGUGCGAGGCCCGAGCCUGUCCUAGUAUUCUCUUGAAUAUAUCAUUCAGAACAUAUUGGUGGAG